UGCCGUCGUCGGUGUUCGUCGCUCAUUUCCCAUUGCCUGUGACGCUGUCGCUCGCACUCGUAGUGCGGUAACUCUGUAUUCUUGUACUCGCGUUGUCUCAAUUUCCUCUCGCGCUACUGCCGCAUCUACACUACUAUCGUUAUCAGGUUUUAUUUUAAUUUUUUCUGCCGUACCUACCUAUACCGUCACGAUUGCGACGUUCAGGUUCCCCUCCCCGCUCUGCCCGAAAACUGGCAGACGGCCCGAUUCUCAGCAAAAGGUCUGUGAGAGGCCAACAGCUGUUCUCUACUUCUGUCGGCCAUCCGUGUCGUACGUGCUACGUCUUCGGGAAAAUAUCGUAGAGCCCGAAUCCAGUCGGCACUCUGUGUAGUCGAGUUCACAAAAACGAGAUGAGUUCCGAAAACCUAAACCACCAACCUUCAGCGGAUCACUCAGUUCUAGGUACUUCAAGCAAACAUAAAAGAUUAAUACUCUACGAUAAAACAUUUCUAAUUAACAUUGUUGAUAAAAAAGUUAAUUCGAAAAUAGAAAAGCUCAUAUGUUUAUAUGGAGGAAAAAUAAUUCAAUCGCUAGAAAAAAAUACUGAUUAUUUAAUAUCAGAUAUAUCAAGCGAUGAAAGAGUUAAACAUAAAAAUGGUUCAGAAUUAAGUAAUUGUAAAAGAGAUAUUGAAGUACAAAAUGUCUCAUCUUCUAAAUGCACUAAUUCAGUUGAUCUAAUUAAUAAAGCUAAUCUCUUCAACAUAAAGAUUUUAUCAGCUAAACAGUUUCAGCGUUUGCUAAAAUUUUCACUGAAAAAACAUCGUGUUAACAAAAAACCUACAGACAAAGUUGCAAGUGUUUUAAGAGGAAAAGUUAGUUUAAAAAUAGAAUCAAUGGAUCAAGGACAAUGUCCUGUGUUUGAAUUUAUUCCUAAGUGGCCAGAUUUAGGAGAUACAUUAUCUAAAAGUAAACCAAUAAUUCAAACUCAAAAUAGUUUUAAUGGAGAUAUAAGUGGCGAUGAAUAUUCUUCUGAUCAAUAUAGUACCUCAGAAAUUGGUGGAAUGUGUGAAUUAUGUGAUAUGCCUUUUAUGAAUUAUAAAGAACAUAUAAAUACAAAAAAACACAUGAGGGAAAGUCAAGACGAAAAUAGAUUUCAUGAAUUGGAUGAGCUUAUUAAUGAGAGGCCUUUAAAUGUAAUUUUUAAUCACUUUGAACCUGAGAAAAAAAUUAGUAAAGAUGAAAAUGUAAUUAUGGAACAAUCAAAUGUCAAAAAUUGUGUUGAGAACACAGUUAUUACAAUAGUUGAUUCUGAUUCAGAUAAUAAUAAACAAAAUAAUGUGACAUGUUCAUUUGGUGACAAAAAUUCCUAUAAUUUAAAUGAACAAAGUUUAAAGAGAAAAUAUCGUUCAACUACCAUUACAUUUUUACCUCAAAAAAGGCCUAGUAAACUACCUAAAUCAUCACAUAAAAAAACGAAACGAAAACAUAAAACACAUCAAAAAAUAUUGCCUAAAGAUAUAUAUAAAGUAGAAGUUGUAAACAACAAACCAUCAACUACAAAAAAUAAUUCUAAUAAUAAUAUAAAUGUAUCCAAUAAUAAACCACCUGUUAUAAUACGCCUCAAAAGAGUAUCUCAUUCAAAAAGGAAAAAUCCUUCAAGUGAUAAUGAUAGUCAUAUUUCAAUAUCAUCUGAUGAUCAAGAAAUCCCAGAAAAGUCAAUUCCUGUUCAACGAUGUAUACGCGUGGUCAGAAAGCCAAGCUUCAGUAAUGAAACUGAAUCAAAAAGCUUUUCAGAUAAUCAAAUAUUUACAUUUGAACAUCCUGAAUUACGACGAAAACUCUCUAAUGAAAUUUCUUACUAUCCUACACAAACCUAUAUUUCUAAUUCUAGACCUAUCAUUGAACAAAUUCAUGAAAAAAUAGCCUCGAUAAAUAACCCUAGGUUUAAAUGUUCACUGUCAAUUAAUGAUUCUUUAAAAAUUAUAUCAAAUAUGAAUCAUGAGAAAAUUGGAAAAUGGUUUUAUAAUAUUCCAAAAAAAAUUGAAGAUUGCUCAUCACUUAAUUCCACUAUUCAUAUUCCCUCUAUUAGAUUAUCAAAAAUAACAUAGACUUAGUUAAGCCUAAAAUAAUAUAAUUUGAUUCCCUUAAAUUUUGUUA